AUGUCUCCCGCACAAGACGCUCCUCUCAAGGAGAAGACCUCGUCCGCCCUGCCCUUCGGCCAGCAGGUUUCGCUCGCCUCCGUGUCGGGGCCGACCUAUGUCACUGCGCAGCUGCUUGUUCAGCAGGUCGCCUACCUCCUCUCCGACAAGAUCUUCAGCUACUCGGCCCCCACUUUCGACCUUGAUGUCGCCGCCCGCGCUUGGGCUGAGGCCAAGGAGAAGAACAUAUACGGUGAGCACACCGAUGUUGUUCAGCUCCAGACAAGGACCGGCGCCGGCGCUUUCGCGCUUGGCUACAUGUUCAGCCCCGACUUCGACAUGUCCAAGCGCCAUGUGCCUCAGACUCUUCUGGCUCCCAGCCUGAGUCUGAAGAGCCUUCGCGGUGCUCUCGAUCAGCUGAGCCUGCUGUACGGUGUUGCCUCGCCCUUUGUCGCCCACAUCGCUGCCCUCGACUACGAUGCCCAUAACGGCCUCCUCCCCGAGUACGAGAGCGCCCUGCGCACCGCCGAGGAGCUUGGUCUCGGCCUCGUCUCCAGCACCAGCGCCUACGAGACCCAGCAUAUGGGCUCUCUUCGCCACCCUCAUGGCCGCCGUCAUCCCUACUCUUCACGUCUACGACGGCCUCGUAUGGCGAGACCAGAGUCCAGCAACUGCCUGCUCGCUACCUUGAUGACUGCUCUGACCCCUACCCUGGGUGUCGAUGAGGGUGUCAGGCUCGCCAAGGAGACCAUGAAGGCCUCUGGCGCUCUGAACAACAAGAAGGGCGUUGCUGAUACCUACAAGAAGAUCUCCAACGAGGUCGCUACCCUCAACAAGAGCCUCGAGGAUCCCGACAAGAUCGUCGAGCUUCUCAGGCUUUUCAACGAGGAGCUCGGCACCGAGUACGAGCUCUUCGAGUACCACGGCCACAAGCAGGCCGAGACUGUCCUCGUUGUCUUUGGCAGCGUUGAGGCGCAGCUCGCCAAGCAGGUCGCCGGCCGCCUCGCUGCUGACGGUGCCAAGGUUGGCACCAUUAACGUGCGCGUCUACCGCCCCUUCGUCGAGGAGGCGUUCCUCAAGGCCAUCCCUGCCUCGACCCAGCGCAUUGCCGUCCUCGGCCAGGUCCGUGACGAGCUCGCCGUCAAUGAUGCCACAGUUCAGUCGACUCUCUACACUGAUGUCCUGACCAGCAUUGCCUUCUCUGGCAAGUUCCACCAGGACCCUGCUGUCUCUGACGUCAAGUAUGCCGCCUCCGAGCCCCUGACGCCCCAGAGCGUCGCCGAUAUUUUCGGCAAGGUUUCGGGCCACGGCGCUGCCGCUAAGCGCUUCCCCUCGCUUGUCCAUGCCAAGCAGUACACUUUCUGGGACCUCGACAGCUCUGCCGCCGCCAACUCUCCCUUCGUCAUUGGCAACCUCCUCUCGCGCGAGUCCACUAGCAACGUCUAUGUUAGCGAGCAGUACGACAACCUCGUCCAGGGCGGUGUUGUUCGUACCGACAUUCGCAGCUCCAAGAAGACCAUCGAUGCUCCCUAUGCUAUCGAGGACGCCGAUGUCGUUGCUGUUGGCGAGGAGAAGCUGCUGCGUGACAUUGACAUCCUCAAGGGUGUCAAGGAGGGUGGCAAGCUCCUGGUCAAGCUUCCCAAGUUCAAAGACGAGGAUGUUGAGAAGCGAAUCCCCGCUUUUGUCCGCAAGUCUGUUCGCGAGAAGGGCGCCGAAAUUUACAUUCUCGAUCCCGCUCAGUCGGCUGCCUUCGAUGAGGACGAGUCUGCUGCCAGCAUUCUCUUCGAAUUUGCUUUCCUUGAGGUUGCCCACGCUGACAUUUCCCGCGAGGAUGUUGCCCGCUCGCUACUGCCGGAGGGCUCGUCGCCUUCGCUUCAGGAGAUCCUUGAUGCUCUCGACGUGACGCUUCGCAAGUUUGAUCUUCCCAGCGAGACCACCGAGCUUCCUGCCGACCACAUUUGGCCCUCGCUCCCCGCAACCAUCAAGACUAACAGCUUCGCGCCUGCUAAAGACCUUGUGGCUGACGAGGUUGCCCGGCUUGUCGACUGGCAGGCUGCCGCAAAGGGUCUCGCCUUCAAGGAGGCGUAUGGCACCAAGGCGACCCUGCGCCCUGAGCUUUCUGUCAAGACGCACACCGUCACCGUCAAGGAGAACCGUCGCCUUACCCCGGAGACAUACGACCGUAACAUUUUCCACAUUGAGUUUGACCUUGGCGACUCUGGCGUCACCUACAAGAUCGGCGAGGCUCUCGGCAUCCACGCCGAGAACGACGACGAGGAGGUCCAGGCCUUCAUCAAGUGGUACGGCCUCAACUCGGAUGAGAUUGUGCAGGUGCCCUCGCGCGAGGAUGCCGCCGCUCUCGACACUCGCACUGUCUACCAGGCCCUGAAGCAGAACAUCGACGUGCUUGGCAAGCCUCCCAAGCGUUUCUACGAGUCCCUCGCCGAAUUCGCUUCGGACGAGAAGGAGGCUCAGCAACUUCGCGUCCUUGGCGGCGCCGAGGGUGCUGUCGACUUCAAGAAGCGCUCUGACGAGGACACGCUCACAUACGUCGAUGUUCUGCAGGAGUUCCCGUCGGCGCGCCCCUCGUUCCACGACCUUGUGCGUAUCGUAGCCCCGCUCAAGCGCCGUGAGUACUCGAUCGCCUCCGCCCAGGCUGUCACCCCGAACGCCGUCUCUCUCAUGAUCGUUGUCGUCGACUGGGUUGACACUCGCGGCCGCACCCGCUGGGGUCAUGCCUCGCGCUACCUGUCCCGCCUUCCCGUCGGCACAACCGUCACUGUCUCAGUCAAGCCCUCGGUCAUGAAACUCCCUACCUCCGCCAAGGCACCUCUCAUCAUGGCUGGUCUCGGUACCGGUCUCGCCCCCUUCCGCGCCUUUGUCCAGUACCGCGCCAUGCAGAAGGCCCGCGGCGAGGAGAUUGGCUCCAUCCUCCUGUACCUCGGCUCCCGCCACAAGCGUGAGGAGUACCUGUACGGAGAGGAGUGGGAGGCUUACCAGGACGCCGGUGUCAUCACUCUUCUCGGUGCCGCCUUCUCUCGCGAUCAGCCCCAGAAGAUCUACAUUCAGGACCGCAUGCGCGAGAGCAUCAAGGACAUUGUGCAGAGCUACAUCCGCGACGAGGGCAGCUUCUACCUGUGCGGCCCCACCUGGCCCGUACCCGACGUCACCGACGUGCUCAAGGAGGCCAUCGCCUACGAGGGCAAGCUCACCGGCAAGAAGGUCAACCCCAGGAACGAGAUUGAGAAGCUCAAGGACGAGGGCCGCUACGUGCUGGAGGUGUACUAG